AUGAAGUUGGCUUUUCAUAUAUAUACUGCUGACGGGGGUUCAGAUGCCAUCUUAUUGUUAACUGAAGAUAUUGCCGAAAAAUCUGGAUUUGAUGAAGGUGUUGAAGCGGGUAAAAAUCAAUUAUUAAAAGGCUAUCAUCUGGGAUAUCACAGAGCUAGUGUUUUAGCAGCUCAAUUAGGAUACUACAGUGGAGUAAUUGAAUAUUGUCUGCAUGAAAAAAAUUUUUCUCCCAAAGUUUUGGAACAAGCUAAAAAAUUAAAAGAUGAGAUCAGGAAAUUUCCUAAAGACAAUGAUGAAACUUUUGAUAUUGUACAAGGCUUAGAAAAUAUUAAAUCUAAAUUUACGAAGCUUUGUUCGCUAGCGAAAAUUAAUUCAGCUUAUCCAGAAGCUGAAAAACUCGAUUUUUAA